ACCCUGGUGCAGUGGCUCUGGCUCUGCCUUCACGCUGCCCCUCCCACCAGCGGCAAUCCUGCUUUGCCCUGGUGUGGAAUUUUUGGGUGCUGAUGCCAUUGUUUGGACUAAUCUCGGCCUCUCGACAUGCCCCAUGCAGCUGUUUGCCUUGGGAGGAGGGUGGCUCCAGAAGCCAGGACCUGCCCUUUGGGGAGCUUUUGACCCCCAUCGUGACUGGAUGCAAACAGGUGACACUUGCUGAGGUCCUCAGGGGACAUCUCAGAGGAGGUCUUCUCACGGAGCGGGGCCGGCUCCGGUUGCGCUUUUAUUUGCUUGUUAAAUAUUUUAUUUGGCUCUCCUGAUUUAGUGUUACGGUGGCUGUCACGGGCUCACACUGUUUUCCAGCUGUCUCUGCACAUGUGCAGUGCAGAGGGAGGGCCAGCAGGAAUCCGUGGGGGGCACAAGGCAGCCCCCGGCCGCCCAGGAGCUGGGAGGGAGAAGGGAUGGGGAUGCAGGAGGAGCACUGGCAGCCUGUGCUGCCUCCCAGGGUGCUCCUGGAGACCUACAGCUCAGGGCCAGACAGAAGGAUUCUAUCUGUAUUCAUACAACCAGUCUCCAAGCAUUUGCCUUCCCUGAAUUUGCCCACGGAUGCUUUGACACUGUUUCCAGCGCUGGCAGCGAGUUGCUCUGCAGCCGAGAAGGUGUCUUCCCUGGGCAAGGACUGGCACAAGUUCUGCCUGAAGUGUGAGCGCUGCAACAAGACGCUGACCCCGGGUGGGCACGCUGAGCACGAUGGGAAGCCCUUCUGCCACAAGCCCUGCUACGCCACACUCUUUGGUCCCAAAGGGGUGAACAUCGGCGGGGCCGGCUCCUACAUCUACGACAAGCCACAGAUCGAGGGGCAGACGGCUCCAGGACCCAUCGAGCACCCGGUGAAGGUGGAGGAGAGGAAGGUGAAUGCUGCACCUCCCAAGGGACCCAGCAAAGCCUCCAGUGUCACCACCUUCACCGGGGAGCCCAACAUGUGCCCACGCUGUGGCAAGAGGGUCUAUUUUGCUGAGAAGGUGACCUCUCUGGGGAAGGACUGGCACCGUCCCUGCCUACGCUGUGAGCGCUGCAGCAAGACACUGACCCCGGGGGGCCACGCCGAGCACGAUGGACAGCCGUACUGCCACAAGCCCUGCUACGGGAUCCUCUUCGGCCCUAAGGGUGUCAACACUGGGGCCGUGGGAAGCUACAUCUACGACAAAGACCCCGAGGCGAAGAACCAGCCCUAGAUGGUGUCCUCACCUGCCUGCUGCACGCUCUGUGCCCCUCCUGUACUAACCUCCUGCUCCCAGCCCGAGCAGACCCUCACCAGGCUGGCCACAGAGCUGUGCCCUCUCUGCUGUCCCCACUCCGGGCAGGACAGCCCUGCCUGCCCCUGGGUUAUUAUCAUAGUCUCUAAUAUAAGCUUCAGUGUUUUAAGGCAAAGGUAGAAGGUGUCUCUGGUGGUUCCCAAUGCGCUCUGCCCUCCCCAGGCCCCCCAGCAGGGCAGGUGUGGGGAUGUCCCUGUGUGCAGGGCAUGGUGGGUGGCACCCAAAGGGGUGAAAUGAUGGGGGAAGUGGUGGCAGGAGUCCCACCAUGGGAUGGUGCUCCAUGCUGUCCCUCAGUGCUUGGGGGUGCCCAGCCCUCUUCCUCAGCAGCUGCUGGGGAAUGUGUGACACCUGGCAGCACUGCCCUUCUCCUGGCCCUUGCCAGGCUCCACUCCCUGGCUCUCACUGUGCCUGGGUCCCACAGCUGGCCCCGUCCACUCUUAGGUCUGGCACCUCCCCACAUCCCAAUCUUUGAAUCCCUGCAGGUGCAGCCAGGCAGGAGCAGCCAGGCAGGUGCCCCAGCCUGCUCUGCAGGCUGCUUUAGGUUGGUGGCACAGCCUGUGCCAGGGGGCACCUGGCAGCUGCAGCCCUGGUGGAGGGGCCUCUCCUCUCCCCACCUUUGGAGGACAGAGCGCAUUGGGCUGGUGGCCUGGGCAGCGGGGCCUCCCCCUGCUUCCCAGAGCCAGAGGUUUCUCUUUGUUGUUGUUUAUUUAUAAGCAGUUGUAAAUGUGCUCCUGGCUGUGGAGAAUGACACGUGCCCCCAUCUCACCCGUCCCUCUGUGCACACCCAGCCCUGCUGCUGCCCAGCAGAACGGGGAGGGGGCAGGGGACCCCCGGGCAGCAGCCCUGGGUGCCAGCACCCCGCUCUCUUCAGGCUCCCUGUGCUGCUGCAGGGCUGGCUUUUGUUAUUUGCAGACAAUAAAGGUUUUGAGAGA